UCAACGAAAGAAAGAAGCGGGGCGGCGGCACCACCGUGGAACUAGCUGUGCGCGCUCGCCGGCGCGUCACAAUGGGAUGGAAGCGACCGGGGGGCUCGAAGCAGGGGAACACAGAAGGAAGCAAAAAAUCAGUGUGGUUGCAAUGACUGGCGGCAUAGGUAAACGGCUUGCAUGGAGUGAACACGUUACUUUUGGUGGGAAGCCUAAAAAAGAUCCCGAAAAACCUAAGACGCUGGUUGCCUUCGAGAAGAACUUGGAGCGAAAAGAAAGGAGAGAUUAUGGCGUUGAGGGGGACUUGGAUGUGCAACUUCUAAUCUCUUCCCCUAAAUGGCUUCAGCUACAUGGGCUCAAAAGGAACAAGCUGACUUUUUCUCAGAUUUUAUCCAAGAUUGGAUUUCAGCACAAAGAAGACUAUGUAUCCGUCCUGGGGAAACUCGUGGCUUCUCGAUACGCAAAUGGGUUGUAUCGUCAAUACAUGACAGGAGAAGACGGCAAGCUGUAUAACCUGACAGCCAAAAAAGACCUCCUCUUUCAUUUUGUGGAUUGUCUUACUGGAGCUAUCGAACUGUAUAAACAAAGGAUGGAAUGGCUAACCACGGAAAGCCGGCAAAUAUUUGGAGUGAUUCAGGAACAGAGCAUCACCAUUGUUCUGGAUUUCGGUGUUGCUUCUAGAGCUGAGUUUGAUCUGUGUCGAGAGGCGCUUUCUAUGGUAUUCAAACAGCAAGUGGCCCAAAUCUCCCGAUUUAACAUCAUUCAGGGGGCUCAAGAUCUUGCAAAGUGGCAAGAGAAAACCGUUCCUGUGUCGGAGGCCUCUAUAGAAGCAGCUCUUGAGUGGCUCUGGGCGAUAGAGUACAGGCCAGCUGUUUGCCACUCGGGCCCCACGGAAGCGAUCAUGGAGGCAUUGUUUGAUGAUACGACUGAGGCUGUGUACUAUUUCACUGUGGGUGAUAUGCCAGAAUGCAUGAGACAUUUGCUCCUGCAGAAGAUACUGAGGAGCCCGUGCCCAGUCCAUACAGUGUCUUUUAAUGCUCGAGAAGAAGAGACUAUUGCUUUCUUAAAGGAGCUGAGUCAUCUGACCACUGGCAGGUUCCAUGCAUUUGCUGAGAGAGCGGACUACAUGGACAUGAUAGAAACCUCAAUAAGUGACGAAGACGAGAAAGCUUUACUUACCCAGAAUUCGAUGAAACUGAAAGGGAACCUGCCUCUAGGAACAGGGGUCAGAGAAGAUGUGUACCUGAUCUGGAAGGAGAUGGAAGAAGCCAGGAAUGCACUGAUACAAGUUCAGAGAAUUCUGAUAGAGUUUGAGCAGUCUGAACUACCUUCAGCCCAAACUGACGGUAUAGUAAAUGAUUCAAGAGCAGAGGAUUAUGUGAAUUCCAAGGAGUGGCUUCAGAAGAAUGGCUUGAAAGCGCAGAAGCUGACCAUAACAAAAGCAUUUGGCGACCUCAGUUUUCGUCAUGCAAAGGGGAUUGUCAACAUAAGAACCAAGCCACAGGAUGAAUCGGUGCAAACUGAUGCUGAGUCUAACAAGAAGUUAAUUGAUGCAAAAUACUGUGACAAGUUUUUGCAUACAGACGUGGAAGAUGGGGCCACACUGCACAUGCAUUUCGAUGGGGAAAGGUGCAGACAGUAUGAAGAUAAAAUGAGGACUGUUCUCGAUCAAAUGGAACUAAGACUUCAGGAGCUGAAAAAAGGGAGCAGAGCGCUCUUUGGAGAUGUAACUGAAGAUAACAUCUAUUUUCUCAUUGAUACAUCCCACUCUAUGAAAGACAAACUGCCCGUGGUGAAGCAGAAAAUAUUUCAGCUCAUGCGGGAACAACUGAGAGACAAAACCAAAGUUAAUUUUGUUAAAUUUGACACUGAGGCAGUGGCUUGGAAGGAGAAACUUGCUAGAGUUAAUGAAGAAAGUUUGGAAGAAGCUCUACUAUGGGUAAACGACCUGGAGAUUGGAAGAUCUACAAAUACCCUGAAAGCACUUCAGAUUGCCUAUUCUGACAGUGACACUCAGGCCAUUUAUCUUCUCACUGAUGGGAGGCCUGACCAGCCCCCCGAUAUAAUUCUAGUCCAGCUCCAGCUUCACCGGAACAUUCCCAUUCACACUAUUUCCUUUAACUGUGAUGAUACCGGAGCGAAUAAAUUUUUAAAUGAAUUGGCCAGCGAGACAGGUGGACGGUUUCAUUACUAUCAUAUUAUUUUGAGAGACCCUGAUGCUCCAAAACCUUCUGAGUGUAAGGAUAUAGAUCUACUAAAGAAAGAGAUUGAAAGAGGAGAAAAAGAACUGAAGACAAUACAUACCGUUUACAAUGACAACGUAUUGAUGGAUUUGUUUAAUGGAGCGUAAGACCGUCAGGAUAAACAUCGCAGGCAGCCUUUUGCUGCAUCCGCAGCAACCACACACGGUGAGGGACUGAAUCCCCCAUCUCCAGAUAGGCCAUAUUGGGCUUCUGAAGAGCCUGCAACGGCUUCGCCAGAACCUGGUACAGAUGGACGUCAGGGUCGCUCUGAAAGUCCAACCAGAAGGAAGAAAGCCUUAUACGCAGAACAAACAAGGAGUAGCCUGCUUAGGACACAACGUCAUGCAGGAAAGCCUGAACAAAGUCCAAGUGAAAGAGGAUCUCCUGAAAGAAAAAUGCCCGCUGCAGUGAAGACACAAGAUAGAAAGAUAGAUAAAGACCCUUUAGAUAUCCCUUCCUCUAAGUGGCUGAAGACUCAUGGUUUGGUUGCUAGGCGACUCACCAUAAUGGAUGCUUUGGCCCCGACAGCUGUUCCUCGCACAACCAAAUACAUUCCUAUUCUAGACAAACAUGUUGUUUCAAGAGUAUUUGAUGAUGUUCUCCCCUUUGCCCAUGUGAGCAACAAUAAGAAAUAUGUCACGCUGAUCAAUCCUCAAGCAGUGGAUCUUGAUGCUUAUAAGAAGAAGUUGCAAGAAGCAAUCAAAGUGUAUGAAAGGCGACUUGAUCAGAUUAUUUGGAGAGCGUUACCUCAGGAGGAAAAAGACAAGUUUGAACAGGACAAGCCGGUCUCGUAUGUAGAACGCAAGGAAUCUUUGCUCCAGGCCUUAGAAAAUGCGAGUUGGCCCAUUGCCUACGAAGAGGUGAUGUUGUUGGAAGACGAGAUUCUGACAGGAUUAACGUAUGAACAGCAGGCCAUUGAACUUAAAGAAGCUUCCAAAGAAGAACCCCAGAGAAUCUGUCCCCUUCGCAUCUGCCCUGCUAAACACGUAGGUGGUAUUUCAUUACUUAUUUAUUUGCAGGGUUUUUUUUUUACAAGAAAUGGACAAGAAUUGUGGAUUGCUUUCUCUCUAGGGACGGUAAUACGAACCAUCACUCCUUAUUACGCACUUGUUGAUUUCAUUUAUGGGCACACGGAGAUUGUCCCCUUGAAGUUCAUUAUAUCUGUGGGGGGUGCAAUGCCUUGUCCAUCCUUGCAGGUUGGAGACCAUGUAUUUGUAAGAGUUAGAAAACAAUUGGGAGAUGAGUAUUACGUACCUGGUACUGUCAUAGCAACGCCACUAAAAUCUGAUUUAGAUGAUAAAGUCUACACUGUUUUGAAAUACAACAACAAAAAGGCAUUCUGUGUACGAAAUGGGCUUAUUAAAAUCAGCCAUAGAAGGUAUUCCUGCUCCUGCUGCUACAUAAAUAUGACCCGAAUGAUGGAUUAUCUUGUACCAAACAUAAAAGUUGUGAAGCAUUUCCAUAGAGCGGUUGAAGAGGCAGAGACCAAAUGCAUCUCUGCCGGAGGUGAAUGGAAGAAGAAGAACACCAGAAAAGGAAGAGCAAAGAGCAGGAAGGAUCUCUGCAAAGCAUGGCCCUCUGAUGAGCAGCUGGCUGCCCCCAGAAAGACGGUGAAAAUAAGAGAAAGUAGUUUGUCGCCACCCUCUCAUUUCAAAGAUGGAUGCACAGCACCCACUUAUCGUGGCUUACCACGUCCUCAUUCUUCACGAGGUAGAAAGCCGUGGCUGCCUUCAAAUGCUUCUGAGUUUAGGAUAACUAAGGCCCUCCGGAGCGCCGUUGAUCCCUUGCGCCAGCAGAGCGCCCCUCAACUUGUUAAGACGGCUGCCACCAGUAGCAGCAGUGAGACCUCCAUUUCGAGCAUCGAGAAGGUGGAAGAGCUGGCAAGGCGGCUUCAGCAGUACCACAUCACUCAAAGGAAAAACAGCAUUGCCAUUUAGUUGUAAAUAAAGACUGCAAGUUGUGAGCAGGGGAGCAGGGAGGGGAGGGGUCUAGUUGCCGGUUAUGAAACCCUAUUAUAUCAACACCAAAUAAACCAUUUAAUUUGAUAUUAAACUUUUUUAAUAUUAAAAUUGUGCAGCAUCACAAGAUCUUUGUAAGGAGAUCUUUGAAAAUCUGGCUGUGCAGUUAAAAAAUGACGAGGAGGCAGACGAAAGGAACCACGUUGGCACGUGCCUAAGCUUGGUACGGAGAACAGAUGCCCAGUUGUCUGCCUGGAUAGUGCAGUUGGUUAGAGCGUGCUGCUGAUCAUGCCAAGGUUGCAGGUUUGAUCCCCAUUUGGGACGGCUGCAUAUUCCUGCAUUGCAGGGGAUUGGACUAGAUGAUCCUCAGGGUGCCUUCCAACUCUAUGAUUCUAUGAAUAUGAUGUGCAGUUGUAGGUAGGAUGUACUUUACAGGUGAUCCCAGGUGUAUGUCAGUGUCAUGUCAGAGCCUGGAUUCUGAUUAACCAUCCCAUAAUGGUGUUUGUCUUGUGUAUUCUCCUUCCCUGAAGGAAUCUGAAGUCGGGGUGGUGGUGCAGAGAAAAUGCAUGAACAAAGGAAUAAGGAAGGGAUCAAAAGCGCUUUUUCAGUGCCCUAUUUGUACAGAUAUGCGGGUGACUUCUGCUUGAGGUGGCCCCUGCUAACGGGCUGGCAUGGGGCUAGCACAGGUAGACAUCCUUUGGGUCUCUAGAUGUAUGAUGGAAAAGUUGUGGUUGUUGUAAAGGACAGGUAUCUUAAUCUUAGAAUAAUGGAGUAUUAAUAUCCCCCCCCCCUAGUUUCUUCAGAAUUAUGAUUCUGCUAGGAAGAUUAGGUUGAGAGACUGUGACCCAGUGAGAUUUAUGGCUGAGUGGGAAUUUGAUCCCUGGUCUCCCAGAUUACCUACUCUAGCACUCUAACCACCACACGGGUUCUGUUGCAUAUCUUGUGCAUUCAGAAUUGCAUUCAGCAAUUACCUUGAAGUGGGAAUCUGCCCCAUGUGCCCCUUGAGGGUGAUACUGAUCUCCAGUCAGCACAACCUAACUACAGCAGGAUCGUGUGUAUUUCCUAAAACACCAACAUGCCAGUUAUAUCAGGGCAGGAUUGGGGAGAGUCCCAAUGAUAUUUUCAUAGAUCAUCUGGGGUAGGCAAAGGUAAAGGACCCCUGGAAGAUUAAGUCCAGUCAAAGGCGACUAUGGGGUUGCAGUGCUCAUCUCGCUUUCAGGCUGAGGGAGCCGGCGUUUGUCCGCAGACAGCUUUCCGGGUCAUGUGGCCAACAUAACUAAACC